CUGCCUGCUGACUUGCACUCGGCUCCGUUUGUUAUUGUGGGCGGCAGAGACUGCAGGCGCUGCUCCCGCGACGGACACGGCUUGUCCUGCGCUCCGCUCGUCUCCUGUGCCCGCGUAUACAAGCGUUGACGCUCUUAGUGAUUGUUGCCUGUGCGGCGAUUGUUGCGGUUUGUGGCGUGCGAUGCGGAACAUCAAGAGUGUCGUCGGCAUGCAGUUCUUUGGAUACUUCCUCGCCCUGCUUUGCCUAUGCGAAAUUCAAGGUACGUUGAGCAAAGAAAUUUGCGCUUCAGAGCUCCUGAAGCGACGUGUGGAUGAUUCAGGUGCAAUAAGUAUUCAGCUGAUGGAGGUGCGCAUCCCGAAGCACAUAGCCCGAGACGAGAGCGCACGGUUAGAAUGCAAAUACGACCUAGGACAGGAGCCGCUCUACUCGGUCAAGUGGUACAAAGACGGCAACGAGUUCUACCGAUAUGUACCGCAAGAAAGGCCGCAGGUGCAGAUCUUCACGCUGCCUGGAGUGAUAGUCGAUCUGCACAAUUCAUCGGAGAGCACAGUAGUUUUGUCGCGCGUGGACCUCAUUUCAUCUGGGAUUUACAAGUGCGAAGUCUCCGCGGAGGCGCCCUCUUUCCAGACUGUUUCCGAGAGAGGCCACAUGAUCGUCGUCGCGAUGCCGAAAGACGGGCCGCGCAUCACCGGCGGCCGGCCACGCUACCAAAUUGGCGAUACAGUGCGCGUUAAUUGCACGUCGGCCCGCUCCAAGCCGGCGGCCACGCUGCAGUGGUUCAUCAACAGCGAGCUGGCUGAUCCAAACUUCCUGCUGGGGCCGUGGUACCACGCGGAGAGGGACGACCUGGAGACGUCGACUCUGGGCCUGCAGUUCAAAGUGAAACCGCGACACUUCCGCAAGAGCGACAUGAAGCUCAAGUGCCUGGCCACGAUCGCCUCGGUGUACUGGCGCAGCAACGAGGAGAGCGUCGAAAACGAGAAGCCCCGCGAGGCCGUGAUGGAGAGCAGAGGCACCGCCCCGCCAAGUAAGUCGCGGGCCGAGAGAGUCGAAGCGUCGAACACGGCCAGUUCGGCGUCGCUGGUGAUCUCGUUGAUGGUGAUUUCGGCGGCGACGAUUGUGUCAUCGUACGUGGCCGUUCCGCGGUAACACGCCGCCGUGGAGCGCAGACAAAAGACUUAAAGUGGGUGUGCUGGUGUGGAAGGGUUGAGUGUGCCGAAAAGCAGCUGAGUCUGGCGAAAACUAACGAGCGAGCGCAAAAAUUUAAUGUGUCGUGAAAGCAAAUUCUGUGUCUGCUGAUUGCGCGAGUGCGAGACAGAUUUUUUAUUAUUUCCCUUUCCGCUCUGUCUGUAAAAUAUACAUAUUUAUGAAUGGUUUUAUUUCGGGGCGUGUACAUACAUGUGAUUUUCAUAUUAAAGGCGCCGUCGGUCGAUGUGUGUGCUGCAGUUUUUGUUUCUAUAUGCGAUAGUGAACGCGAUGUUGGGUGAAUGAGCAAAAGAAAAUUAAUGCAGCGCGCGACUAAUUAACGUUAGUGUUUCUAUACCACUUUUAUCAAAAAUCAUCAAUUAUGAUUAUUCAUGAACUUUCUCCUAGUCUCGCCAAGUGUAUUAAAAUAAGAGUGUAAAAAUGGAUAUUUUACAUAAAUUUAAGUGAGUCCGCCGUAUUCGACUUUAAAUUGUGAAAAGGUGCUGUUUCAUCGAAAGAGUACCACGCGAGCGUCUAUCUGGAUUUCGCGACCAAGAUGGAGCAAACGAAACGAACGGAAUCAGGAGUCAUCAUUUCAAUCAACUGCAUUAUGUAUGCUUGCACACAGUACCAAAAACUGGAAUUCUAGUAUUUUUUGUUUUUAUUAUCCUUUUUAAUACGCGAGAGAUUUAUGAGAUUUAUAUUAUUGGUUCGUUUGUAACACUUUUAAGUCAGUCAAUUAUGCAGAUUAGUUAUUCCUAAUUUUAUCCCGAAGCAUUCCUUUUAUGUUGAUAUGCGCAUUUAACCCUCAAAAGUCAAAGAAAAGACCGAUCAGGAAAUGUUGACGGCGAUGGAAGAACCAUGAAAAUGUCAAAAUGAAAAGUAUAAAAUAAAAUAAUGUUUCUAUCAAUUGUUAAAUGUGCUUAAGAAAAAAUAACAAACUUCGAUUGGGAAAAUUCUGAAAAGGGGAGCCAUCCAUAUCUUUUUCACGGUAGGAUCCGAACCUCUAUCCACUUUAAAACAUUUUCUUGGUGUAUUAACGCAGAAAUAUCCCCGGAUUCGGCAUAAUCAUGCGUGUAAAAUUAUCCACGAACCCAUUGAGCAAAACAAAAGCAGGCCUAAACAGUGACUGUACGUUAGCGAGAACUGUAUCGAAAACUCCAAAGCAUCAUUCACCAUGUAGAUGUACUAUUUCAUAAUUAUACUUUUUAAAGUGGAUAAUUACAUCGUUGAAUGGAAGAAAAACCCCUGUUUUGACUCACCAAAAUCUUUCCCAAACAGAAAAUGUCAACAAAUCCGAAUCAUGAACUUUCUUUUUCAAUAAAGAUCUUGUAAAAUGAA